AUGAAGGAUAGGUUUGAUAAAGUAAAUGCUACAAAGAUCUAUCACAUGAAUAAGGAAAUAAGUUCCUUGACACAAGGAAUCUCUAGUGUGUCUGUAUAUUUUUCUAGGUUGAAUGACCUCUGGGAUGAAUUUGAAUCAAUUAUUCCAUUUACUGGUUGUGAUUGUGAGAAGUCCAGACAGUUUGUAGUGUUUUUGCACCAACAGAAAUUUAUGAAGUUUUUAAUGGGGUUGAAUGAGACUUAUGCACCACAACGGAGUCAAAUCCUGAUGACGCAUCCUACACCAACACUGGACCAGGCAUAUUCCAUGAUUGUUCAAGAGGAAAGUCAAAGGAUAAAUGUUGGUUCUACUACACAGAAUGGAAUAGUAGGAGGUGCACCUUUAGGAAUGGAGAGCAGUGCACUAGUAACAACAAAUGCUUCCAACAUCAGACCUAGAAGGAACAAUAUAUUGGUAUGUGAUUACUGCAAGAUGAAGGGACAUACAAGAGAUAAUUACUACAAACUCAAUGGAUAUCCACCAGGCUUUAAGUUUAACAACAGUAAGAGGAGAGGAAUGCAUGACAACAAUGGACCUAUGGCUCAUAAUGUGAAUGCAGGUGAUGAGGUUCAAAGUGCAGGAAAGGCAUAUGCUAUGCAGAAUGUUCCAACUGUUCCAACUAUACAAGGAUUCACUCCAGAGCAAUAUCAGCAGAUCCUCAAACUGUUGAGCAAGGAACCUGAGCCAGCAGAAGUUGCCAACAUGGCAGUAUCAUCCUUGAAUCUCUUGUCAAGUAUCAUCCAAAUACCUGAACCUAUGGCAUCUUCAGUCCACCUACCAAAUGGUAGUAGCACCAAAAUUACUCAUACUGGUUCCUGCAACUUGCUUAACUCAGAAACCAUUCAUAAUGUUCUCUAUGUGCCUGAAUUCAAGUAUAACUUGGACCUCUUCAGUGGUAAGGUGAAGGGGAUUGGUAGACUCAAAGGUGGUCUCUACAUAUUUAAUCCUUCAGAACCUGCUACUGCUCUUUCCUCCUCCAAACGUAUGACAGUUUCAAAUCAACCAAGUUCAAGCUCUUUGUGGCAUCAAAGAUUGGGACAUGCCCCUAUUGCAGUCUUACAGACUAUACCUGAGAUAAACAAAUACUUAUCUAAGUCAUCUGUUUGUAAUUGUCCUGUUUGUCCUCUUGCUAGACAAGUUAGAUUACCAUUUCCUAUCAGCACUUCUAAAUCUACUUCUUCUUUUGAUCUAGUCCAUAUGGAUGUUUGGUUACCCUAUAGAUUCAACCCUAAAUCUACACCUGGAGUCUUCAUGAGAUAUGCACCAACACAAAAGGGAUAUAAAGUAUAUGAUAUUGCUGCUAACAAGUUCAUAUUUAGUAGGGAUGUUGUCUUUAAGGAAGAAAUAUUCCCCUUCAAACAUUCCAAACACAAGUUCCUAGUGACUCCUGAUCCUACUCCCAAUCACCUUGCUUCAGAUAUAUUUCCAUCCUCCAACAUAACACCAGUACCCUCUGCUACUAAUAAGACACUAGUUCCUAUCCCUGAUCCUUCAAAUGAUUUCACAGACUCACCUUACCCUUCUUCUGAUUCCCCUGCUGAUUUCCCUAUUGAUCCUACCCCAUCAUCUUCCUCUGCUCCUCAUUUGCCCACAGAGUUGGCAUCUACUCCUCCUGAUGCAUCCAACUCACAUCCAACUACCAUCCCAACUACUCAAAUUAGGAAAUCAGCUAGGAUCUCCAAAGCUCCCAUCUGGUUGACUGACUAUAUUCAUCAUCCCUUACCUUCUUCAUCUGCUUCUGCUUCAUCACUUUACCCUAUACAUAAAUUCAUUUCCUAUUCUCACCUCUCAUCUCCCUUUCAGUCCUUCCUAGCCUCUUUCUCUUCUGAUCUUGAACCAACAUCUUUCUCCCAGGCUGUCAAAGAUGACAGGUGGAUCAAGGCUAUAAAACUUGAAAUUGAGGCAUUAGAACAAAACAACACUUGGGAGGUUGUGACUCUGCCUCCUGGCAAAGUUCCUAUAGGGUGUAAAUGA